AUGUUCACCAAUCCAAUAUACACUCUACCUCCUCUCGAAUUUAAUCAACCAGAACAGCGCUUAAUCCCACCAUUAUAUUUUGGACCGCCUCCUCCGAUGGUCCCAAGAAACAAACCUUCAUUCAACCGUUGCUUUACCCACGAUAUUUUCAUAAGUUCCCAAGAACGUCGCCAUAUCUCAACUCCACUUCAAGGUGCCCCUUCAGGUACUCGACAUAAUAAUGGUCUAUACAAUACCGAAGUAACCACAAUACAAUCACAUGAGCUUACGGAUCCUUUUGGAAGACAAGCAAAUAAUCGUCGUCGUCGUGGUAGUAUUAUAAAAAAAUGCUUAAAAAAUAGUAUAGAUGUUGCUUGUAUUCCCACUACAAUACCCGAUGAUAAUUUCUCAAAGAUUCAAGAUCAAUUAACUAUUUUGGAAACACUUCGAGAUUCUUCCAACAUUUUGAAAUUCUAUGGGAUCUCUCGUGAUGACAAUCAAUUGUUCAUGAUAUUUGAAUGGGCCGAAUUAAAAACUCUUUUCGAAGUUUAUAAUACAUACGAUAUUUCUUGGACUACAAAGGUGUCUAUUGCAUUUGGUAUCUGUCGUGGUAUUUCUUACUUGAACUCCUGUUUGAUCCUUCAUCAUGACAUUCGCUGUGCAAACAUUAUGAUGACAUCGUAUUUGGAACCUAAAAUUACAAAUUUUAGAUAUGCGAUCGAUAAAAGUAAAAUAAAUAAUGAAUAUUAUGAAUAUGUACCAAAUGUAGACGAUAUUAUUAAUUGGAUGGCUCCUGAAAAAAUUCUAAAUUACCGAUAUAAUGAGGAAUGUGAAAUAUUUAGUUUUGGAAUGUUAUUAUGGGAGCUUGCUUUCGAAACCAUUCCUUACAAGGGUUGGGACGUACAAAAGAUAAAAGAGCACGUUUUAAAUAAAAAAAGAGAAAAUUUAAACAUAAAAUUAAAUAAUGACGAAAAUCUUCAGGAGAGCUAUUUUAAAAUCAUUAAAAAUACUUGGCAUCAUGAUUUACAAAAACGUUCAAAUCUCCAGACCGUUCUCUUUGAGCUUGAUAAAUUAGUUUCCAACUAUCAACAAAAUGGAUUUUCUCAAAGUUUGAUUCCAAAGUAUAUUAAUCUAAUUAAUAAAUCUUUUGAUGAGUUAGAAGAUAAAGCAAAAGAAUGGAUUGAAGAUGCUAUUAAACAAAGAGUUAUUAAAUCAAUAGGAUGGUCUGAAUUUCAAAAUCAUCAGAGGAUCGGGGCAGGAAAUUUUGGAACAGUAUUUAAAGCAUAUUGGCUUAAUAUUCAUAAUAAUGUAGUUUAUAAAAAAUUACUCAUUUCAUCGGACGUUCAAUUUAAGAUGUGGGAAGCGUUUAAACAUGAAUUACAGAUACAGAGCAGAGCACACGAAACUCUCAUUUCUGGUUAUUUAACGCUUCCAUCAUCGAAUGAUAAUAAUGAUAUUUUAAGCACUAGCAUUGGUUCAAAUACUGAUGUUGGUUCAAACGUUAAUUCUUAUUCAUGUCAGAUCUCAGUAAAUUAUGUAAAUAUCCACGACCUUUAA